AUGUCGUCCGCUAAGAAGACCUCCGGCAAGGCCCAGCGCUCCGCCAUUGCGGAUGUCGUCGCUCGCGAGUACACCAUCCACCUCCACAAGAGAUUGCAUGGUGUUACCUUCAAGAAGAGAGCCCCCCGUGCCAUCAAGGAGAUCAAGGCUUUCGCCACCCAGGCUAUGGGCACCAACGAUGUUCGCCUGGAUCCCCAGCUGAACAAGAAGGUCUGGGAGUGUGGUAUCAAGGGCGUUCCCUUCAGACUCCGUGUCCGGAUCUCUCGACGACGAAAUGAUGAGGAGGACGCCAAGGAGAAGCUGUACAGCUACGUUCAGGCUGUGAAUGUCAAGAACCCCAAGGGCCUUCCCACGGUCGUUGUUGAGGAAUAA